UUCUCAGCCUAUCCAGUCUUGAAAGAACUUCUGUUGGAGGCAUAAAUUUUAAUUGAAAACGAAAUUCAGAGGGAGAAAAUCAACAACAGAGCAAAAUGUCAUCGCGAUAAAAUAGGAAACGUUCUCGUUACUUAACCACAGCAUACGAUUGUAUUAUAAUUACGUAUUCUACACAGCUAGGCGGGAACAAUACGCCUAUCAAGGCAUAUAUUUCAGUUCAAUACGCGGCUUUUAUCGAUACUGGCAAGACAGAAGGGGAUAUCCACCUUUGGUAUUGGCACAGUUGGAAUAUAGACGCUGCGUCUUUUGAAGUUUAUCUUAUAUUUUUCAAGAUCCGUGCAUUUUCACAGCAUCACCUUACUGGAGUUCGCCAACAUGUAGUGUGUAUUGCGCACGGGACGAUAUCAUUAAUACUCUCAGAAUGGUGGAAUCCGGAAGAAUUCAUUGUUGAAAAGUCGCUGCAUCGAUUAUAUACAAUAUAUUUUCGAAAGCCACAAGUUUUCUACUCGUACAUUAAAAGGGAACGUGUUAAUCAGGAUUAAUUGUAUUCACACGUUGCAAGCUUUUUAUUUGAAUUCUGCCAAAUGAAUUUUUCAAACUCAUAUCAGCAAAUAACGAAUUUAACCGGGAUGGGUAUCCAAGAGACCACCACCGAAAUAACGAAUAGCACACAGAUAACCGAAAAUGGAAAUAUGUCCGUAAAAGGUUUACCACGGGAAAUGACAUUCAAUGACGACAAUGUGAUGUCUGUGAUAGCUUAUUCGUGUCUCUUUAUAUUCGCUGCCUCUGGAAAUUUAAUCGUUUUAGUUACGUUGUUAAAAAGUCGGAGGUACAAAUCUAGAGUGAAUACAUUCAUUAUGCAUUUGUCCAUAGCUGAUUUAGUUGUGGCUUUCAUAAUGCUGCCAUUAGAAACUGCAUGGCACAUUACGGUGUCUUGGCAAGCUGGAGACGCGGCAUGCCGAAUUUUGAUGUUUUUUAGGGCGCUUGGAUUUUAUCUGUCUUCGUUUGUGUUAGUGACGAUAAGUUUGGACCGUUACUUUUCCAUCGUCCACCCAAUGAGCAUUCAUGAUGCAGACAGAAGAGGGAAAAUAAUGCUUACCUUGGCGUGGUUACUCAGCAUCAUCGCCAGUCUGCCACAGAGCAUCAUUUUUCAUGUGGAGCGGCACCCUAAAUUCAAGUGGUUUGAACAGUGUGUGACAUUUAACUUUUUCCCGACAGAGCAGCAUGAGCUGGCCUACAAUUUAUUUAAUGUCAUCACUGUGUAUUUACUGCCAUUGGUCAUCAUUACAACGUCGUAUUCCCUCAUCCUAUACAAAGUGUCCAAAACUGCACGGAGGGACGAAGAAGACCGUCGCGAGUUUGGACUUUACACACACCGGUCGCAUACAUACCCGCUGUCAAGAAGUGGUCUCAUAUCAUGUACUAGGGCUGGAAUCAUCGGAAAAGCUCGCAUCAGAACACUCAAGAUGACACUUGUAAUAGUGACUGUUUUUGUCCUUUGUUGGACUCCAUAUUUUCUAAUGGUGUCGUGGUUUUGGAUUGACAGGGAAUCAGCGAAAAACAUUGAUACCAAAGUUCAAAGAGGCCUUUUUAUUUUUGCUGUAUCCAGUGCGUGCCUCGACCCCAUUGUGUACGGUAUGUUUACAGCAGCAUUCCGUAAGGAGGCUAUGAGGUGGGUUGGGUGGUUCAAAGACAGAUUGAACCGCAUGGGGUUAUACACAAUGACCCCUAAUACAGCCAGCGAGCAGGACAAUUUCAAAUAGCAGCCAUCAGUAGCCGUGUUAUGACUCUCAGAUGAAAGUUUUCUUAUGACUAUUAUACAAUUCCAGUUCAUGAAAUGAACAUGUGGUUUUAUGUAUGUACAUAACUCGUUGUAAUUAUAUCACCUUUUCUCAUAUGAUAUUAACUAAUUGAGCCAAUAUUUCACGGUGACUACAUUACAUGUAUCAUUAAGGGGUCCAGAUAUUUUGAAAUCUUGGGUUUAUGAAGCGCAAAUGGUAACAUUUAUUCGAUUAAGUUUUAUGAGAUGAAAGCUUUCCUGUGACCAAUGAACGAUUCCAGUUCCUGAAAUGCACAAGUGACUUGAUACAUGUAAAAUGGUAUAUCAAAAUCUAACUCAUUGAUGUUUUAUCACUUUUUCGUAUAUGAUAUUAAUUCAUUGUGCGAAUAUUUCACGGUGAUCACAAUAUCUUUAAGGCGUCAAAGCACUUUGAGAUCUUGGGUUUAUGAGGCCCAAAUUGUAUCACAUGUUUUGACAAAAUUAUUUUUCAUCACCAAGAAAAGCACGAAAGUAUUUAGUUUUUUCAUAUCAUUUGAUGAGGCUUGUGGAUAUCUUUCAAAUGAUAAAUACAUCGUAGAUGGAAUUAUUUUGAGCCCACUAACUGUCAGCAUGCAAAGUGCAUUGCUUUAACUUUUUCAAGUUUCGUUAUGAAAUGAGAAUGGAUUGAUAGAAAAUGGAGUACUAUACUAUCCUUCACACACUAAAUUGAUAUCCUGAUAGAGGGAAAAUGAACUAAUUUCCAUUGUAAAUAAAACGAAUAAUUAUAAUAGGUUAUUUAAAGGACAUGUCCUCUUGGCACGGAAUAUGAUAAGAACCAACAUUAUCUAAACGGCCCGUGACGUAUCGACUCGAUUUGUAAUGAAAUUGGGCUUCUUCUAAUUUCCGUUUAUGUAUUGAAUGACAAUGUUAUAAUGGACAGGGGGUUCAUUUGUAUAUAUAGUUGUUGAUAUAGCAGGAUUUUCCGUGUGUACAUGUACAGUGUUUUACGGAAAUGUUUCUGAUUUCUGGUUGAGAUAACGUUUUAUUUUCAAAUGUAUUUUCGACACAUCAAAUCACAUCUUGUUUAAAUACUAAUGGGUAUUUGAAAAUAUUUGUACUAGUUUCAUGCAAAGCGUAAUUAUUGUUUGUACGAUACGUAUCUUUCAAUUUGCGGUUUAAUUCAUUUACACAAUGAUUUUGAGAAUUCCUGAUCUACAUCAUUAUGGUCCAAGAAAUGAUAAAGAGGAAUGUUAAUCAGUAUUGCAAUAGUUCAAUUUGAUAAUUACGUAGAAGUGAUGAAAUCAAAAGUGAACUACAAAAAUGUAUUCUGCCAUGAUAUAAAAUCGAUUCCCUAUGUUGUACUUGCAUUUAGUUACGAUACUAGUAGAUAAAAUCCCAUGCAGGAUGAAACUAUGCCACUCAGUAAACAGCAGAGCUCUGUCAUUGGGUCACCUCUCCAGACCUGUCGACUGAAUGGAAGAGUUUCAUCCUGUGCAAUAUAUGUUGUGUACAAUAAAGGCAACAAUUAGACAUUCCACGGUUUUAUACUUGUACAAUUAACAGUAUAGUUCAUCAUAUGUUGAUUAAUAUUUGAUAAUAAAUAUCGACACUGAU